AUGCUUCAUCGACGACCUCGGCCAGCUUUCCGAGGCCCGUCAAGGUCGCUGUGUCUGUUUCUCAUCUUCUUCGCUUUACUUUUGGCGCAGACAAGUUUGGCGCAGCAAGACGCUACCUGCUCCGAGACAAAGAAUUGUAAAUCUGGAUGUAAGAUGCCCCCGUACCUGGCCAGCUGCACGCAUACUCAUCGUCGCAUAGGCUGUAGCUCUUCUGGCAGUUGUGGCUUUGGACCAAACUACUGCGGUACUGGCUGCAAGGGAACAUGUAAUGCCACAGCAGAAUGCGGAACAUACGCCAUCAAGGGCAGUGAGGACUGUCCGAUCAACUCAGUACGGGUUCUGUGGAACGACCGAGCUUACAUUGACUUGAGUGAUUUUUGUGGUGAUGGCUGCCAAAAGAACUCCAGAGGCGGAGGAUGCGGCAAGCCCGACCGAAAAUCGUGCGGGACCGACACGGAGGUUCUCGAUCUCAAGCGACGCAUCGGCUACUUUAACCUCGAUAACCUGGUCAGCUGGUGCAACCGAGUGAAUUUCGACAACAUUCCUCUCGGCGCAUGGACGGACUUGAACCUCGCCUUUGUGAAUUUCGGCGCUGAUUACAAGUUGAACAACAACUACGACGGCGCAUUGCUGCAUGCAGCGCUUCUUAAGAAAAACUACCCUACCCUGAGCGUAGCGAUUGCUGUUGGCGGCUGGACGUUCAGCGACCCCCCCAACUCGGCUGCUUGGUCCAACAUGGCUAGUACCAAGGAGAAUAGAAAGACAUUCAUUGACUCCGUGGUCGGUGUCUUGAAAAAGUUUGGACUGGAUGGCGUUGACCUUGCACCCGACAGAGGAGGCAAACCGGAAGAUGCCGCCAACUUUGUUUCGCUCCUGGGCGAGAUGCGAGAUGGCUUUGAUGCUGAGAACCCGUCUUGGACUAUUUCUGCCACCAUUCCCACCAGCUACUGGUACCUUCGCGGCUUCGAUUUGAAGGGUAUGCAAGAAAAGGCUUCGUGGCUCAAUCUGAUGUCGUAUGACUUGCACGGUGUCUGGGACCAUGACAACCACUUCACAGGGCCUUUUCUGCGCGGCCAUACCGAUAUCAGCGAAAUCCAGAUUGGCCUGGACAUUUUGCGCAGAAAUGACAUUGACAUGAAGAAUGUCGUCAUGGGCAUGGCCUUUUACGGCCGUUCCUUCACCGUCAGCAAGCCUAACUGCAUCGAGCCCAACGGGAUCUGCGAGUUUGCCACCGGCGGCCGACCGGGCAGCUGCUCCGGGCAGUCCGGCAUCCUGACGUACGGGGAGAUUUCGGCGCGCAACACCAGCCUCGACGUGUCGACGCACUACAACGCGACGACGACGGUCAAGUUCAACGUGUUCGAGACGGACCAGUGGAUCUCGUACGACGACGCGCAGUCGUGGACGGACAAGAAGAAGUUCCUGUCCGAGCAGUGCUUCGGCGGCCUCAUGGUGUGGUCGCUCGACCAGGACGACGACCAGUUCGACGCCCUGUACGGCCUCAUGGGCGACGUCUCCGGGCUCGAGCUCAGCGGCGGGCACCUGAGCAAGGACGCGCAGAGGAAGCUGGCACACGAGUUCGCGCCGUACACGGGGCAGGACUGCUUCGUCACGCCCCGGUGCACCGACGGCUCGGCCAAGGAGCAGGGCCCCGAGCAGGUCUGCCCCGGCGGCUACCAGUCCAUGGCCACGUCGCACGACCCGAAGCAGGCGCCCGGCCACGCGUACUUUGGCGACUGCGCCAAGGGCUGGUACCGGCACAUUUGCUGUCCCAAGGACGCGCUGCCCAAGCACUGCGAGUGGUCCAAGCCGACCACGUACGGCAACAGCCCGUACGCCCGGUGCGACAUCUACUGCCCCGUCGGCAAGUUCCUCCUCAACACGGACAACACCAUCGACCACCGCGGCGAGAAGCAGUGCGCCAGCGGCCGCCUGUCCAUCUGCUGCGACGCCAACAAGUACCUCGCCCAGUGCCGCUGGAGCUACUGCCAGGGCCCGACCAGCGAGCCCAGAAAGGACCUCAAGUGCCCGGACGGCUACCAGUACCAGACGCACCGCAUGGACAACGCCAUCGGCCAGCCCUGGUGCGCCGAGAGCUUUGGCGACGCAAAGCACGACCUGUACUGGAGCGCCCUCUGCUGUCCCACCAACGAGGGCUUCGCCAACUGCCACUGGUCCAACGAGGUCAGGACCGAGACCCCGGUGCCGCCGGGCGGGACCCCGGUGCCGGUCGCGUCCAUCGAGGACGUCUGCCGUCCCAACGCCUGUCCCGCGGGCGAGAUCGAGGUGGCCAACGCGCUGAACCCGCCGCCGAGCAACUACUUUGACACGCAGAGGCGCAUCCACAACUGCGACACCUACCAGCUGCCGCCGGGCCUCGACGCGCACUUUCCGUACUGCUGCGACCCGCCCGGGCGCUACAACUCAAAGUGGCCCGUCGACCCGGAGAAGCUGUUUGAGAUUUACUACAACCAGCCCAACAACUCGGACGUGGUGUGGUCCUACAGCGCCGAGGGGAGCAAUAACGACCGCAAGAACCCGUCUGGCGGCGGCGGCGGCUACGGCGACGAAGCCUAUGGGUUUGUUAUGCUCGACGGUCCCGAGGGCUCCAUUGACCACAGCUUCAGCACGACCUACUCGGUGGUGCGGAAAAAGCGCGAUGUCCCUCUCAAGAAGCGGAGUUAUCUCACCAGCAACCAGACCACGCUGGACUCGGUCUUUGACCACGCCGAGGAGGUUUUUCAGAUCUACUGCAACUUCCCGGAGGGCGCCGAGGAAUGCAGACGGCUCUGGAUCGACGGCCCUGAAAACACAAUCCUCCGACUCCCCAGUCACAUUGGCGAGGGCCCCUUUGCGCGCCUGGUGUACAUCAAGGAGCUGGACGCCGAGACGCACCAGCGCCUGCCCCGGCACCACCUCGAGCACCGGGCUGCCGCGUCCUUGCACGGACCCGUCUACGAAGUCAAAAUUGACUACGCCUUUCACGAAAUCGUACCCAAGGAUGCAAACAAGCCCGUGCGGAUGCGUGUCGACUUUACUAACUUGCACGGCUACUGGGAUGAGAUGGACGAGGCGGAGCCGGACAAGAAGGGAACGUCUGGGAAGCGCGAUGCCUCGUUUGGCUGGCACGAGCGCGUGAGGAGAGCAGUCUCUCGAGAUGACGUGUUGCGGAAACGGUCUGGGCCUAUCAAUGUGACGGUCCCUAUGGACCUUGACGAAGCGGCGAUGGCUGAAUGGGACGAUACAGGCAAACAGUUGAAUAAGCGCUGGUGGGGGACGUUUACAAGCUGGCUUGCCCGUCUGACAACGGUGACCAAAAGCGAGGUGGGAGAGCUGCCUCUCUACUACUCGGACAAGAUCAACCUCUUCUCUGCCAAAACAGGUUGCCCAGGCCGGUCCUACUUUGCAAGUCUCAAGGUCGACUUGGAGGCCGAGGUCAGCAUGGACGCGACAUACGCCUACUACCUGUCCGGGACGUUUAUCCCGCCGUCCAAGCCGGACGUGUACGCCUACUUCGGCAUGGACCCGCACGCCUACCUGGGGCUCAAGGUGACGGGCGACGCGCAGCUACAGUACACGUCCAAGAAGAAGAAGCUCAUCGACACGCUCUCGUACCCGGGCCUCGCGGUCAAGGGCAUCGCCGCCGUCGGCCCGACGCUCGACGUGUACGGGCAGAUCCGCGGCCACGUGCGGGUGCACGGGGAGAUGCGGGCGGGGGCGCAGGUCAAUUUUGGCAAGGCGGCCGUGUUCUGGCCGCAGGACGACGCGGCCAGCCAAAAGUACGAGCGGCUGCUCGGCCUCGACGGCACGGCCCGCGCGCCGGAGCGCAAGAGCGUGGAGCCGCGCUUCGAGGCCGGCGUGCGCGUCGACGCCCAGCUCGACAUCGUCGUGCAGCCGCAGGCCAAUAUGGGCGUCAAGAUUGGCGGCGGCAAGCUCGUCGGCGGCGCCACCAUCAUGGACGCCCAGCUGUCCGGCUUCCUGGCCGGCACGCUCUCCUUCCAGGCCCGGGCAAAGGCGGACACGGGCAGCCAGAACUUUACAUUUUCGUACGGCGUCCACUUCCUGUACAACAUUGGGUACUCGGCCAAGGCCGUCAUACUGGGCAUCACCGACUGGGCCACUGGAGACCGCUUGGCGUACACGCCGGACAAGAAGAUUGACGUUUACGGGCCGUUUGAGUACACUAUUCCGCUGGGAUCAAAGGCCAAACGCGCUGAGAUUGGGGCAGGAGAAGAGCAGCCGUUCAGUGCAAACAACAGCUCGAUGAAUCUGUUCGAUUUGCGUUCCGAUUCAGACCCCAUGGACACUGAUUCUAGCUCUCAGUUUAGCACUCCCAUUACCUGCCCUGCCGGUGCAGCUGGUUGGCGGCUCCCCGAGCUGCGGUUCUUUGGAGACACGCAAGUUCCCGGGACACCCACUGGGCAGGCCGUGGUCGUGCCUGGCAUGUGCAGCGCAUGGCGCACUCUCAAUCCGCUCCCAAAUCCCUUGACGUUUUCCGCCGACGCGGACGCCAAAUCAGACCGGCGGAAAGACACGUGUAUAGUGCCGGCGGGUAAAAAGUCGUACUGCCAAGAUAUUCAGGAUAAUUACCGACAGAUUACCAAACGCCGCAAAAUGGAACUCGACUGCGACGAGACGCCUCCAGCGUCGACCGAGGAGGGCGGCAUUUUUCUGCCCGCCGCCCAGCGCUCCGAGCUAUGUACCCUCAAGGUGCAGAACAAGGACUACGGAGGCAGCACCUGCCAGCAGCUGGUCCGAAACAUCAAAUCGAACUGGGGCAACAUGGAACCAGAACCGCCGAGCACCGGCCGCACAGACAAGUGGGUGAAUUGGAAGUCCAACGCGGCAUGGACGAAAAAGGGCAGCGGGGAGAACAGCCAGCGCCGUACCGAGUACCCGGAGGACAUGCCGCUGCCGGACGGCAUCAAGCGGCGGGACAGCGACAAGAUCUCGUGGGUCUUUCGGCGCAACUACACCUGGUCGCUCAACUGGAGCCCCAACGACGAGCACGGCUGGUGGGGAGCGACCGCGCGCGAGUUCAAGACGUCGUCGCACGACGCGAACAAGGUCGACGGGUGGAAGGGCGUGGCCUGCGCCAUCAACCUCUUUGACCAGGACCGCUACUACGGCUGGGUCGACGACUACAACGCGUACUGUCUGUACGGGCCGCAGGUCAACCGCAAGGGCGUCAUGGCCUGGCACUUAGGCAAGUGCAAAGUCACGUUUUCCCAUCAGGACACGGAUAGCGACUCGGAUGAUGAGUCCAUGGGCUCUGGUAGCGCAUCGUCGGAAAAGAGGUGGACGAUUACCAAGGUAGAGCGGUAUGAGGACGACGAAGAAGAACAAGUGUUCAUUCCUGUAGAGACGGUGGAUGAUGUUGCGGAUAUUGACGAUGCCGUUUUGGAGUAG